AUGGAAGAAAAUUCCUCUCAUGAAAGUGCAUUGGAAAAUGCAGACAAACUUAUAUAGUCUGUACUUGACCAAAUGCUUACUACAAAUGAUGAUUAGUUAGUCAUAUAAGGGCUAGAAAUAUUACAUAAGCUACUAGCUAAUGUAUUGAAAACCCCUCAUGAGGAAAAAUUCAGGAUGAUUAAGAAAACUAAUGCUGUCCUCCAAAAGAAAUUGAUGAAUCUAAAGGGCAUCGAAUAUCUUAUUCUUGCUCUUGGUUAUGUUGAUGUAACUUUAAUACCUUAAUAAUUGAUUUAGAUUGAUGAUGAGCACUACGUUUUUAUCGGUGAUUACUUGAAUAUACUUCAAGCAGGAUCUCACAGAAUAGAUGACACCUUAAGCAAGAUUAAGGUUAAAUACAUGUCAGCUGAGGAAAGAAAAAAGCAUGAAAUAAUUGAAUAGCAAAAGAUUGAGUACAGAGAGCAGUUGAAAAAGAAGCAAGAUUACAUCAAAUUGAUGUAGAAGCAGUCUGAGGAGGACAGAAUGAGAAAAUCUGAGUAAAAGUCAAAGACAUCAGUGGCGAAUUAGAUGAAUUUCGGUGCAAAUAUAGUCAAGUUCUAACCUCCAUGCAAGCCAAGCGGUGGCGGGUGA